AUGAGUGAACAAACCACACCAUUCGAAGUUGUGGCUCAAUUCCCUUAUCAAUCAGAAUAUGAGGAUGAUCUAAAUUUUAACAAAGGACAAAAGAUUAAUGUUACCUCCAUCGAAGAUGAUGAAUGGUACUACGGUGAAUAUGUAGAUAGUGCAAGUGGUGAUUUAAUUCAAGGUAUCUUUCCUAAAAGUUUUGUCGUUGCUGAUACUACUAAAGUAGAGCCAACAGUUACGGAGGUACCUACUCCGACAAAGGUUGAAGCUCCAGUUCCAGUUCCAGCGGCAGUCCCAGUUCCUGUCAGUGAAACAGCGAUUGAAUCAUCAAAGGAGAAGAUACCAGCCCAUUUGAAACAGACAAUUAAAGAAGAUGGUUACGUUCCAAUGCCAAAGUCGAAUAUGUUCGAAGAGUCACCAGUUAAGGUUCCAAAGAAUACAACGAUACCACCACCUGUGAAUGCAAGUAGUUAUGAUGAUACCUCAAAAACUGAAGAUGAUCUGCCAAAAAUGAGUCUAAAGGAAAGAAUUGCUCUUUUACAAGAACAACAGAAACUACAAGCUGAGAAAGAGGCACAGGCAGCAGAAGCCACUGAAGAAGCUUCGGAAGAAGCAGAAACUGAAGAUACAGAUAUUAACAAAGAACCUGUUAACACUGCUGAAAAUGAUAGUCAUCCAUUAGGGAAUGUAACAGAUAUUCCGCCGACUAUUCCUAAGUCUGAUAUCAGUUCAGAUGAUGAGAUCGAAUUAAAGAAUGAGGCAUCUGGUAAUCUCGAUUAUACACAACAGACUGUAGUCACAGAAGAACCUCCGAUUCCAAGAGCUCCUGUUCAAACAACGAAUCCUGGUGAAACUACGAUUGAACAUACUGAGUUAUCAAAUAAAGAGCCCUCUGUACCAGGAAUUAAGAAAAUUGCCAGUAGUACUGAAGAAGAAACGCUAACUCAUAUAGCAGAAGUUGGUGAUUCUAAUGAAGAAGAAGGACAAGACGAUGAAGAAGUGGAAGAGGAGGAAGAUACUGAAGAAUCUCGUAGAACUGCAUUGAGAGAAAGAAUGGCCAAGUUAGCCGGUGCUGGUAGGUUUGGUGGUGCAGCUGGAUUCAACCCUUUCGGUGCUCCAGUGCCAUCACCUUCAGCUAAAUCGACAAAAAAAAAGGUUAAGAAGUCAGUAACAAACCCUGCUGAAUUGGAAGCAGAACAUGAGCUAAAUGAAAUGCCAGAAGCCGUCCCAAUUAUGCCAUUUGCUGAUCCUAAUGCUGUUCCUUUCCUCAAGAAAAAAGUUUCAAAUGCUGAGAGUAAGGCUAGUGCAGUAUUUGACGAAGUAGAGAAAUCAGUUGAUACUAGAAAAGACGCUGUUGAUAGUAAUAUUGAUAAACUGAAAGAAAUACACCAUAAAGCCUACCAAAAUGACCUUCUUGCUAAUACUGAAAGCGGAGAUGAAUUUGAAGAUGCAAUAAACAGUAUGCACGAUACAAUAGAUAACGCAUUUAAUGGCGCUAAAGAUAAUGUCGGAGAAGUACGAACAGAUCUUUCUGAAAAGGUGGAAAAAAUCUCAGACAAUAUUCCAGGAAUUCCCUCAAAAUCGACUGGUGAUCUGGACGUUACGUCAAACACUGAAACCACUGAGAAUGAAGUGUCAGAUAUUCCUCCUGUACCACCUUCAGAUCAGUUUGACGAAAAUGGAUCAGCUCCGCCAAUUCCAUCCAUUCCACCGAUGCCACAACAAUCAAGGGCCCCAUCUGCACUACCUGACUCCUCUGCUGCUGAAGAAGUUAAACAAGAUGUACAGUCUAUCGAUACACCAUUGCCUCCACCAAUCGCAACCCUUCCUGAUCUACCAUCUCCUUCAACUGCUCCUCCUAUUCCAUCUAUGCCUCCUAUGUCUACUAUCCCAACCACAAUUCCAAGUGACUUAGACAAUUACGAUACAAGAAACACUUAUAAGGAUGGUUCUGAAGAAGAUAAAGAAAUUGUAACAGAGAGCUAUAACCAUAUGCAUGCACCUCCUCCACCUCCCCCAGUUGGUAAUGUAAACAGAUAUUCUAUUUCGUCUGGUGAUUCAUUCCCUCAUGGUGCCCCUCCUCCACCUCCUCCACAUCGUGAGGUUCAAGAAGCUCCUGAGAUAUCUAGAUCCGCUCCCCCACCUCCCCCUCCAGGAAUGUCAGCUCCAACCAUUCCUGCCAUGCCUAGCGACACCCAUUCUUUAAAACUGAAUAAAACAUUCAGUGAAUUAGACACUUCAUUGAGAAAUUUAAAAAUUCAAUUUAAUCCUAGCGAUACUUGGUUUUUGGAAGUUGCAGCGCCACAGGAAAUUGCAGAUUCCAAGUUGAAAUAUAGUGUUGACGUUGAUGAUACUACAAUUGAAAAGAGAGGAGAAGAAAAAUGGAUUUAUAGAUCAUUUUAUUAUAUCUUUGAGUCGUACGCAAUUAUAUCAUUAUCAGUUAUCUUCAACGUGACCACACCUCACACUACUGCGAUUUUAAUAGAUGAGAAAUAUAUUCCAUGCCCAGAGAAGUUAGCUGACAAAAAUAUUGCUGGUCCAUAUAAUACCGCUGUAAUUAAACAGUGCCAAGCGUUAGCUGGGAAAGAAUCUGUAUCUAGUAAUUUUGUGAGUCAGAUAAUAUCAAAGAUGGGCGACCAAGGUGUUGUCCUUCCAAUAGAUAAUCGUACAUUUGGGUCUGUUAUUGUAGACUAUAAGGCAGGAAAUGAAAUUGCUCAGGACACUUUAAAAUGUAUAAGAGAAGGUGAUAUUGUUGUAAUCAGAAAAGCUAAAUUUGAAACUCAUAAAGGUAUUGUGACGGUUGGCGAGCCUGACCUAUUUGUUGCAGUUGUAACUAGUUAUGAUUUUACUAAAGGCAAAUUAAGGGUAAUUGAAGAACACAAGGGUGUUUUGGUACAAUCUAGUUAUAGAUUAUCCAAAAUGAAGAGUGGUAAAAUGAAGAUAUUUAGAGUUCUGUCCAAAGAUGUUUUUGGAUGGUAA